AUGACACUCGCUAGCCCCAAAGGCCCUUAUAGGCUCGUCACCGUGAACAAUGCACCCGAGCGCGCCAAAAGGCUCAUUGGACGGGUGGUGGAUGAACUCAAAGAUCAGUACACAAUCGAAUAUGUUGCCAACUGUAUCAACAAGGAAGAGGUAGAGCCCAAGGUCAAAGAAUUUCGACCCCAUCUACUCUUUUGCGCCUCGAUGUGGACGAUCGAGGAUAGCACAGAAAUGCGCGAGAUCGCAAAGUCCAUCAUUCCUGACAUCAAAACUCAUGCAAUUCCUUACGGUCUUCAGGUUAAUGAAGGUCCUGACGCGAUAGUGGAGCAUCUCAAGGAGCAAAUUCCCUUGCUGCUUGAAUAA